AUGGAGAAGCAAGUUGAGAAGAAGUUCAUGUGGGUGACUAAAAAUCUCCUCUCUUUGCAAUCUGAGAAAAUCUAUUCUGAUCAAUUCUUGUUCGCUGGCGGAAAAUGCCGUUUUGUUGUCCAUCACAAGGGAAAGAACGAUGAUUACUUGUCUCUGUUUCUGGAAGUCGCCAAUUUUGGAUCACUGCUUUCGCCUCUUGGAAGACAAGCAAGGUUUUCUUUUACAUUAGUAAAUGCAACAACUCAAAGUUCAGAAAAAAACGCCAAACUAGAUCAGUCACAUAACUGGUGUAUUGGUGAUGAUCAGAAUCCCAAGAUGGAUUUUCACUCCAUACAUCCCAUUGGCAGAUUCAAGGCCAAAAAUGGUGGGUUCCUGGUGAAUGGAGAAGUCAGUUUCGUUGCCAGAAGUGGUGCUCUUGAAGUUACUGGUUUUAUAUUAGACGUACCAGAGGAGUUUGAAGAGACAUUAACCAAUCAUGUGAAAAAAUUAAAUCUAAUUGAUAAUGGUGCGGUGUCUAGUGAUUUUCACAAGGAAACAAUGGAUGUGAAUGGGAUUCAAGUUCUUCGUUCACAGGUGGGAUUUGUGAGCCGUUUAUUUGAAAAACAUCCAGACGUUGCAUUAGAGUUCCGUUCGAAGAACCCACAUCUGAGGACAGGGUACAUUAAUGUUCUCAUCAGCUUAACUCAGAAGCUCGGCCAAUCGCCCCAGGAACUUUCCAACGAUGACCUGUCAGAUGUAGGCGUUGCACUGACAUACAUGACAAAUGCAGGAUUUAAGAUGGGUUGGUUGGAGAAGACAAUGGAGGAAGUAAAAGAAAAGAAGAAGAAAGAGGAGGCCUGUUUGGCUAAGCUGCACGAAAUGGAGGAAAAUCUUGAGCAAUUGAAACUGAAGUGCUUAGACCUUGAAGCUCAAGUGGAAAAGGAGAAGGCGGAGCUUUUGGAAGCAAGAGCUCCUCUCUCUUUUGAUCAGUACUUGAGUUCUUAG